CUAUAAUUGUAAUGCAAAAUAUUUGAGGGCCAUAAAAUUAUUGAUCCACUGCAGCUCAGAUUAAACUUUUUCAAUAAGAUCAGCUGUGUGACAAUAUGGCGGAUACUUCGUACAUUAGCAACUUGACUUAAAUUAAGAUACACACAAAACUAAAAAGACAGAACUAGAUAGUUAUUUAUACGAACUGGCAGUGGAAACGACUUUAACAGGAUUCAAUUUUCUGUUAGGUACGAGGAAAUUCUCGCAUCUAAUUCGAGAAAGAUUUGAUAAAAAAAAAAGUUACAACUUCAACGUUAGAGGAUAUUUAUGAAAGGAAUGGUGAGCCGUGGGAAGAUAAUACAAAGUUAUAAGAGUGUAUAAAAACGCUGCUAUUAUAUAAAUAUCAUUUUAUAUUAUAGUUACAUUUAUCAUAAAUUUAUCGUCAACAUUAUGAAAAAAAAAAACAACGAAUAUCAGUUUUGAUCAAGUGCGUCGUGUGUAUGGUUGAAGAAAAAUUCAAGUGACGGAUAAAUCGUUAAGAUGUACAUAUAUCGAAUUGAUAGAGUACAGUGACUGAAUCACCCCAAGAGAUAUUUAGAUUAUAUUUUAUAAAACACCAAGAUCCAUUGGUACACAAAGCACGGACAACGAGACAAUUGCCUUAUAUUUGCAACAGUCGCGUAACGUCUUUCAAAUUUACGAAAGAUAUUAAAAUCUUGUAGCAAAUGACGUACCAUUUGAAUUUAAACAGAAGUUUCUAUAUAAACACAUAAACGUAUCCUACAAGAUCAGUUUACGUAGAACAGGGAAAAAAGAUACAUCUCCGGGUUAUUAAAGUAUACAUAUACGUACAUAUACGUGUAUAAUUGUGUUGUAUGUACAUAUAUAUAUACAUAUAUCAUAUACUAUAUACACAUAUAUAUACAUACAUACGUAUACACACAGCAUUUGUAAGUUAAUUGAUUGCUAAUUACAGUAUAAAAAUAUUAGAAUACACCAGUAGUUUAUUCAUAAACUCUAUGAAAUAUCUUUGUUUAAUUUGUUUGCAUAUAAAACUAAUCUAUUGUUGAAUGUUAAAAUUCAUAAUAUACAAAUUAACAUUUAAAAAGAUUUUCAAUUUUAUCAUUAUAUGAACAAAAUAAUUGUAAAUUGAAAUUGUCAAAGUUAUUUGUUAUGAAAAUAGCAAAACCACAUUAUAGCUUUUGUUAUAAUCAAAUGAAUAUGAGUGUUUAUUAAAAGUGCUACUUUUUAGAGAAUAUUUUAACAAGGAAGGUGAUAAAAGUGUAUAACUUUGUAAGCAGUAAUAUCAUUGUUAAUCAACAUGAAAGACAAUCCAGAUUGUGUUAUUCUCAAUACGGGUGAAACACAUAAUUAUCAUCAACCUGUUUCUGCAAAACCUUCUGUCGUUUCAGUUUCAAGUAUUGAUUCUGAUGUUAGUGAUAGAAGGGAUGUACGCGAAGAGCUUUAUGCUGGGAUCUUCAGAAGGCAUAGAAAAACUAUAUUGAAAUACUUGGACAGAUUACAUGCUCUGAACCGAAUAUUUGGUUUAUUUGCCAUACGAUUUGAACAUGUUGCAAGACAAAAAUUUUGGUGGAACUAUUGAAUAAAUAAAUUUAUGGCAGUGAUGUAUAGGUGUAUUAUGAGGAAAGAUUAUAUACACUGGGUUGUGCUAUUAUUAUGAUGAAUCUUUUCUAAAAAGAAUUAUAAUACCUAUUUCUAAUGUAAUUAGAACUAAACAUUAUCAAGAUGAUGGAAAAUGAAAAAACACCAAUACUUUAAUAUAACAAAUUAAGUAGAUUCAUACAGAUAUCAAAUCAAACGUUUUUUUUGUUACAAUUCAUUACUAUAUACAACUUUUGAGGCUUAUUUAAUAUUUGUCUCUCCAUUUUUGUACGUUUUGUAUUUGUCUUUAUAUCAAAUACUGCCAUUAGAAAAUAUAAUAGUUGAAGUAAUAGGCAAUAGAACAUAGUUAAGUAAGAAAUACAUUCCACAUGUUUUUCAUGAAAUCUUAACAAGUUCAUAGUGUUAUACACAUAAAAAAAAAGAAAAUCAAUAACAAAUUGUCCUUGUAUUUUAGAUGACCAUUCAAUGUCGAAAGACUGAGAAAUGUGCUUUUUUGGAACUUCAAAUGUGCCAUACUAUAACUUAGAGCAAAAAAUAAUCUAAAUAUGUUUGUGUAAUUAAAAAUUUCUCUAUUUGCUGUUGAUUAUAAAAUUAUUAAACAGAAACUAUAUAGCAUAUCUGUAAAUCCUGUUAAUUAUUAUUAAUAGCUUGCAAGUAUAUCUUGUAUGAAGAUAAUUAAAUGUCAACAUAUUAAUCUGAGUUAUUAUAUGAAAAUUAAAAAUAAAAAUUAGAAAGAGUAUAAAUAAUAUGAAAUUAAUGAAAUAAUUUAUAAAUUUCUAAUAUUUUGCAGUUAUUACAUGCAAGGUGGAGUUAAUUGUAUUUAGUAAAUAGAAAAGGAUUCUGUUAUAAAUUAAAAAGAAACAGUAUCUUUUUGCAUAAAUAUUUACAAUAAAAGCGCACUUAUACAGCUGCUUGACCAAUUUUUAUGUAGAGCAAAAGAUUUAUAUAUGAAUAGUUUCAUAAAUAUCUAUCAAUUCACUCCUGUAUUAUAUUUUACUUUAUGUAUAUGAAAACAACUCAUCUUAUACAUUAAAUUUUAUCAUAAGCAAUUAUAUAUAAAUAGAUCAAAAUAUUUAUGUUGGUUAUCAACACUAUGUAAGAUAUACAAAAGGCAAUAACACCUGUUUUGUGUUUAUAUAUUAAUUGAAAAAUAAUAUAUAAUGACUUUGUAUGACACAUCAUUUGUACACAUCUCACUGAUAUGUAUAGAUUAAAUAAUAAAUCAUUAA